GGCGCGGGCGGGAUCCCCUCACGGCCGGCCGGGGGCCGUGACUGGCGGCCGCGGGGACAUCGCGCAGCCGGGCACGGUCUCGUUUACCCGACACGUGCCACUGGAGCUCGGGGCGACUCCGCCGCCCUUCCUAGCGCGUAGCGCGUCCCGGCCGCGCUGCCGGCGCCAUGGGUUGGGUGGGGCUAGGCUGCAGGAAAGAGCAGUAGGGAAGUGGCUGCCAGCCGUGUCGAGAAUUGCUGCAGCUGUUCCCGUGGGCCCGUGCUGCUGGUUUGUGGAUUAUGAGAAAAAAUACGUAAUUGCAGAGAUGAUGCUGUGGUGCUGAACAUUUCUCUGGUGACGAAUGCUCCCGCUGCUCCUAGCUCCCUCAGUCGAUUUAUUGAUACUGAAGCCUCUUGUUCUUAGGUUUGCUUUUCUGCAGUGAGCUCCUGAAAGUCUCCUGACAGUGAGAUCAAGGUGCCUUUUACAGCUCAUCUUUCCAGAUGUUAAGUUUUCUCUGACCUCGUCAGAGGUUUCUCGUAGUUGAGGAAAAUACGUAUUUUCUUUCUGCAGCUAUGUUAUUGAUACUUCUUCACUUGUUUAAUGGUUUUAGAGUGGUAGUAAAACUGAGCAUCCUGAAGCUAAAAUUUUUUUUCAAAUGGCGACAUUAAUUCACACUUUAUCAGAUCAUAGCGAUGAUGUCAGUUACUGUGCCUUCUCAUCAUCGUGCUUGGCUACUUGUUCCUUGGACAAAACAAUCCGCGUUUAUUCUUUGAGCGACUUUGCGGAGCUGCCGUACUCGCCUUUGGAAGGGCACGCGUACGCCGUGCACUGCUGCUGCUUCUCGCCGUCGGGGCGGCUGCUGGCCUCGUGCUCCACGGACGGCAGCUCGGCGCUGUGGGACACGCGCGACGGCCGCAGGCUGGCCGUGCUCCCGCAGCCCGGGGCCAGCCCCGUCCGGGUCUGCCGCUUCUCUCCGCAGGGCCCCUACCUGCUGGCGGGAGCGGCGGACGGCAGCGCCGUGCUUUGGAACGUGCGGUCCAUGCAGCUCUACCGAUCUGGGAAAGUUAAAGAUGGUUCUUUGAUGGCUUGUGCAUUUUCUCCCGAUGGAAACUGCUUUGUCACUGGAUCAUCUAGUGGUGAUUUAACCAUUUGGGAUGAUAAAAUGAGAUGCCUGUAUAAUGAAAAAGCACAUGAUCUCGGUGUUACCUGCUGUGAUAUUUCUUCACAUCCAGUAUCUGUUAGUGAAAAUGGAUUCAAAUACUUCCAGAUGGCUUCCUGCGGACAAGAUAAUCAUAUCAAACUCUGGCUUAUUUUGUUUGCAGAUUUCUCAGGUGUUCAGUUAAAAUAUAAAUGCACACUGAAUGGGCACUCUGCCCCAGUUCUGGCUUGUGCAUUUUCAUGUGACGGACAGAUGGUAGUCUCGGGGUCUGUGGACAAGUGCGUCAUAAUCUAUGAAACUAGUACUGGCAAUACCCUUCAUACUUUGUCUCAGCAUACAAGAUACGUUACAACUUGUGCUUUUGCACCACGUAGUCCUUUACUUGCCACAGGCUCAAUGGAUAAAACUGUGCACAUAUGGCAGCUUGACCUUAAACAACCCUGUGCAGGAGGUACUGUAGAAAAUGAAUCAAAGGUGGCUGUUGAGGACUGGUCAGAGGAUGAUGUUUCAGCCUGGCUCUGUGCACAGGAUUUAGCAGACUUUGUUGGACUUUUCAAAAUGAAUAAUAUUGAUGGCAAGGAACUGCUGAAUCUUACUAAGGAAAGUCUUGCUAAUGAAUUAAAAAUUGAGUCUCUUGGCCUGCGCAGUAAAGUUCUCCAGAAAAUUGAAGAACUGAGGAUGACAAUGACCUCAGUUUCUGUUCCUGAUGAGUUCCUGUGUCCUAUAACAAGAGAGCUUAUGAAAGAUCCUGUCAUUGCCACAGAUGGCUAUUCCUAUGAAAGGGAAGCAAUGGAAAACUGGAUCAGCAACAGACGCUCUAGUCCCAUGACGAAUCUUCCUCUGCACUCUCUUACGCUCAUACCAAAUAGAACACUAAAAAUGGCCAUUAGUCGCUGGCUAGAGACUCAGCAGAAAUAGUUAAACCACUUAAUCUUGAAAUUGUUUGUUAAAAUUAAUUGAAAUUUUAUGCAGCUGGAGGAAUUAACUGUAUCAGAAACAAAUGGAAAGCAAAACUUGUAUUUCUCUUCUAUCUGUGGCUGGUUCAACCUUCACUGGUGGAAGCUCCCGGAACACCUUUUAAGUUCCUGGUAGUUCUGCUUUGUGGUAUUUCUGUUUAAGAAUCAAGUACUCAAACUCAGUUUUUCAAAUAAAAUUUUCUUAUACUUUUUACUACGUUUAUGAGGUUUGAGUGUUCAUCUUGCCAAGUCAGUCUUUCAGAAGGUAAGAAAUAGCAAAGUACAGGAUCUGUAUUUCUUUUUCUACUCUAACAAACCAAAAUGU